UCCGGGUGAAAACUCAACACCGGCAGAUCAACGUGCUAUUAGCUUUCUCCGUAGUACGGUACUAAUAACUGUUUUAGUAGUGUAUAUUUAAUCAAAAACGAUGUGGGCUGUGAAGGGGUCAUACAGGUUGAUCUGUCAGUCGUGGGUCUUUCAUGCGGAGAACUGUUUUUGUGUAAGAUGCGUUUAAUAGUUAAUGGCUAAACUUGGCUGUUUUGCUAUUGCGUUAUUAUCGUUAGUGUUUUUAUAAAACGUCUCCGUAAAUCGGUAACGUUAGAGGUAUCCGCUGGAGUUUGAGGCCUCACAGGCAUUUCCGCUCAGGUCUGCUGCUGUCCUUGAUUGAGGCCAAAAUCUAUACCAAGACGAUCAUUAAAAAGUCUGAAGUGGGAGAGAAUGGUCAAGUGAUGGUGUGUAUAGGAGACAAGUUGGUUGCACAGUACUUCUGUAAUGCAGGGAUCUGUUGGAAUGAGACAAACACUGUGGGCCAACUGAUAGAGCAAUCAGGGAAUUUGGUUUUGAUCAUGCAGAACAUCAGUUCAAUUGAUCGGUUUGAUGCAUUCCACAAUCAAAAACCAAUUCUACGGAACUUCACUCUUGAUGAAGUUCUCCCGACCUCUGCAGCACCUGACCUGACAGAUGAAGAUGUGACACUGAAACCAAGCAUCACUCGGACAGUUCUCCGGACCUCUGCAGCACCUGACCUGACAGAUGGAGGACUGAACCCAAGCAUCACUCCGACAGUUCCCCCGACCUCCACAACACCUACUCUGGCUGAAGAAGCACUCAACCAAAGACAUUUAGAGCCACGCAACAAGACUGGCACUACUAAAGCACUCAUUGUAGUAGCUCUAGCUCUAGCAGCUGUAGUGGUUCUAGUGGCAAUAAGACUAGAUUUAAAAUCUGGACGAAAUGGAAGAAUUGCAAGGGCCAUCGCAUUUUUUAGAAGGGGAUGUUGUGACCCAGUGCCAAACCAGCAUGACGGAAAUUCUGUGGAAAUGCAGUCCCUGGCAGCUCCAGUGUAGGUGGACAUGGGUCAUUUGGCCCAGAAUGAUGUCCUCCCCUCCAUGGAAUCAGUGCAAUGUGCCAAGAACUGCAUGGAGUGAAGAACAACACUGGUUUUUGGUCCUAUAAUCAUGUGCAAUAGUUUACAAGUUUGACAUGACUGAUAUAUCAGGAUUAUUGUACUAUAACUUAUUGAGUAUGUAUUUCUAUUUAUUUUAUUUAUGUACAAUUUAAAAUUAGCUUUACAAGUAAUGGGGGUUUUUGUCUACCCUCAUUGUUUCUAAUGAAGGAUGCAAGUUAAAGUAUGCUAUGUGUACAAAUUCUGUCCUCCAUUUUGGAGGCAGUACUUGUUAUUACUCUUAGGCCCUGAUUUGCUAAGACCUCAACUAAAGGUUACUAAUUGGCUUGCACAAUUGAACUAAUCAGUCUAAUUGCAUGUACCAUUGUGUGCGUAUUUCAGGUGAUUUUUCAUCAGGGGUUUUUUCAUAAACAUGAAAUGUGUAGUCUGCACUAGGCUAUGUUAGUAGAUCAGCACACUUUUUUUUGUGGCUGCUAAUUUAAGUUUUUAUAACCGCAAACUAUUAGUAAGUUGGGGCCAACGUGACAAACAAAAUGAAGUGUUUCUAAGUACAGUAUUUAUCUUAGAAACGGUGCACACUGGGUCAAUGCAGUGUUUUGAACUUGAAUAUGUUCUAAACGUUUUUGCUUUUAAUUUGUACUUCGAGAAAGAAAUCUCUAGAGGUUGAUUGAUAAAGGUUUUGUUUUAUUUAUUUUUUUUUACAACCAAUACCGAUUAUUUUUGUUUUUUUCCCCCCCAGUUUUGCAUACUGGUAGCAACUGUUAUGAUUCUGUCCCAAAUGUACAUUAUAAGGGGUGGAUACUUAAGGGAGUUGGGAAACACUGACCUAAAGCAAACAGUCAGAAAACAGAAAACUACAAAUAAAGUCUACAAAUAAAAUAAAUAGAAAUAAAAAAAUAGGUCUUUAUUAUGCCACAGUUAUAAUCAGAGGUGGAAAGCACCCUGAAAAAAGCAUUACUUUUUAAAUGUCUACAAGUAAUCUACUGAUAUUUGAUCAUUUUAUUCAAGUUCGCUACUGUAGCUAUUGUUAUUAUAACUCAACCUUAGCUACUGUAAACAGCUACUGUUAUUAUUCCAAAUCAACUUGUAGCUACAUUAACUAACUGUAGCUAUUGCUAUUAUUCGAACUCAAUCGUAGCUGCUGUUAUGAUUCUAACAGAACUGUAGCUACACUCCUGACUCUUCAAGUUUGUGUUCUCCAUAGAUUUGUUGACAUAACCGUAAUGCAAUACUAAAGACAUGGAGAGUACAUGUAGUACUUUUAUUAGCUUUUUUAAAACCUGCAGUAAAAAUGUGGUUUCCCAUGCUUUUUAAACUGCUAUUUUAUUUUAUUUUUUUGCAUACAACUGAAACUUGAAUAUCCAAUCCAGUUUUUUUUUCAUGUUGUUUUAUUUGUCUUCAAUCCACUUUCAUGUUUCAGAGUUCAGUAUGAUAGACUUUUUCCCAUUUUGUGGGACACAGUGUGGUUGCAAUAACCAGUUCUUUAGUAUCACUGCCAACUUUAUUCAGUGAUACCGUUUACUUGGCUUGAAUCUGCCUCUCCAUAUUGUGCCAUCAGGGCUAUUUUCUCGCCAGUUUUUCUACUAUUUGUAACUGUAUUUUAAAUAUCAGAAAAGUAUUUUAAUAUAAAAGAUUUUUAAUAAAUGGUAAACUAUUGCACAUGUUAAAUGUUACAUUUUGUAAACUGAUGUUUCAAGAUACUUUUGUUUGUAAAUGUGAAAAUAUCAUGCCAUGAAGUGAUCAAAUAUCAAUCAAAUGAGCAAAUGUCUCUGUAGCUUUUCUCAGCUGUACUUCAUUUAUUCCACUUCAUCAGCGGUUCAGUGAGUAGCACCUUACAGCACAGUCUCUGUGGUGUUUGCAUGUUCUCCCUGUGUUUGCGUGAGUUUCCUGAGUGUGAGUAAUUUUCCCCCCACAACUCAAAUACAUGAAGGACAUGUUUAAUCUUA